AUGGUCGCUACUGCUCAGGCUGAAAUGGCGGAUGAAGAAACUAUGGACCAUUGUCAGAAUCGACAGAUCAAUGCAAGACUUGUUAGCCCUUGGCUGAUCACGACCAAAUGGCAUGAGCAUGUGGCAGGGUACCACAUUGGCACACUCAUACAAUUGGUUGCAACACCAAAGAAAGACGAGUUCCCAGGCCUCAAGAAGCUGGUCUUUAACUACAUGUCAAGUGCCACUGGCUCUAUCAAGUCCACUGCAGAGCUUGUCCUUCAGACCCUCAAUACUCCUGACCCAGCCAAAACUGGUAUCAACAAUACCCCAUUUCAUGCCAUGCAGCAAGAUGAGACCUUGAGCAACUACAGUGGCUAUGUGGUGCAGCUCAUAGCAUUCCUGCUGCGUCCCAAGGGCCAGUAUUCACUUCCACUCUCUUCUGGUCUUACAGUGGCCCUUGAGCAGUUGCAACUAUGGAUAGCAAAUGCAGUUCACGAUGAGGAUGAAGAUGGAUACACCGAGCUCCACAAUGUUCUCAGCCAACUGUGGAUGAACAAGUGGUUGCCAGCUGAGGAUAAUCACAUUCCGUGUCCCACUGUUCGCUUCCUUGCUCUUCUCACCCUCAAACCAGAUGGCAGCCACAAGGAUCCUCAUCAAGUGACACCCACUAUUGCUCGGCUUGUGUACUGCAUGCGCCUCUUUUUCCUUGCACACAUCAAAGCUAUUGCCCAGCAAUCAUAUCACGGUGAUGAAGAAAUAGCAUGCAAGGCAGCCUCUCGAUGGUUCACUGAAAAGGUGGAAUCCCCAUUCAAUGCUCUGCGGUCCCUCCAGCACAGGGCUUCUGCAAUGGCCUAUAAAACAUCAUCCCAGCCAAGGGUCUAUUGGCUCGACCGCACAGGCUACACAUCCAUGCUUUACAGGGGUACCAAGAUCACGCAACAAGACCUUCAAACUAUUUUUACCCGGAUGGAAAAGACUGCCAUUGAGCUUUGGGAACGUGACAUUCUCUGUGGCAUGAAGGUUGACUGGGUAGACUGGUCAAACAUUGUGGAUGACCUGGUCAACACGGAUGUUGGCUACUGUUUCUUGACCGAUAGGAGGAACCACACCUUUGGAAACCAUGAUAUCCUACUUGGCACCAUCAUGGACAAUGCUGCUGCCAGGGAGACCCUGCUUAUGAAGACCAACUAUGGUGAUGGCUGGGAAUGGAACAAGGACUUUAUACGGCUUUGGCUUUCAAAUUAUGCCAUUUUUGAAGGAAUCCUGCUCGCCCGUUGUGAAAUGCUCAGUGGAGCCCCUGCACGUGGCACAGAGAUUACCUCAAUGACAUUUAGAAACACCCUGACCCGCACUGCAAGGAACCUGGUGGCCUAUGGUCCAUACCUCUCCAUUGUCACCCUUUACCACAAAACUGGUGGCCUCACUGGAAGCGACCGGCUGCUCCCUCAUGCUUUGGAUGCCUUGACUGCAGAUCUCAUAAUACAAAAUCUUGCUGUUGCACGUCCUUUUGCACAAUUCCUGGUGCACCUUUUGCACCAUGGGGAGGCAGACGUCAAAAAGCUGUACCAAGAGCAGUUAUUUGUCAACAACUGCAAACUCUUUGACACUCAAGAUCUCAGCAACAUUAUGGCUCGUUUCACCCUUCCAGUGCUUGGCAUUGAGCUUGGGGUCAAUGCUUGGAGGCAUGUGAGUACAAGCUGGAAAAGAAAGCAUUGUGCAGAAAUGUAUGAGCUUGCGGAAGAGGACAUGCAGGAGAGUGCAGACAUUGCUCAAGCAGGCCACACAUCAAACACAGAGAAUAGAAUCUAUGGACUCAGUCAAUUUGCUCUUGCCACCCUUCCCGAGGACUUUAUCCCCCUAUUCUUGGAUGCAAGCACACGCUGGCACAUUGCAUGCAAGGUGGUGCCAGGCAGUGUCAUUUUGCCCUAUCAGCAGGUCACGGCUGCCCACUUUGCAGAUUAUGCACCCGCCACCAAUCCAAAUCCUCCUCUGCCAUCCAAGGAUUUCCUUCAUAAUUUAGCUCAGCUAUUGCUUCCUAUUUUGCAGCCCAGCACACCUCCUGUCUCUCAGUCCACCACUGUCCAGGCAUCAUCAUCCAGUGAUAUGCUGAGCCAUGGCACUGACACCACAGCAAUAGUGCCAACCAACAACAUGGUUGUCAAUACCUCAGACCAUGCCAGUGAUCACUUUUCAGUCUUUCCCAUUGACCAGAAUAUCCAGGCACCCGAUAUGCGAGUCCUUCAGCUUCCCUCUACAUCUGCUGCCCAUGCUCCUGUGAGGCUUGCCCUCAAUGGGCAUACUUCCUCCCCUGUUGAUCAUCAACCUCUUGCUGUUCCAAGCAUGCAACAGGCCCUGCAGUGUUUACGUCACCUCCUCCGCAAGCCACAGGCUGGUUGGAGCUGUGCUGCACAACGCGAGGGGCUAGAGGCUGUCCUGAAGAGGGAGUCUGAUGUCCUUGCUGUGAUGGCCACGGGAUCUGGUAAAUCCAUGCUCAUGAUAAUUCCCCCUCUUCUAGAGGAUGCGAUCACUGUGGGAGUGCUUCCCCUGCGUUCUCUUAUGGAUGACUAUGAGCGGAAGCUACAAGCCAUGGGGAUUCAAUACCAGGUCUUUGAUGGAGACUCUGGGUCCAUUUCCACUCAAACCAAUCUAGUGCUUGUUUCUGUGGACCAUGCAAGGAUGGACUCUUGGAGGCAGGCACUUGCGGAAGCCAGCCAACAAAGAUCAGUGGCACGGAUGGUGAUCGAUGAGGGGCACUAUGCCAUCACCUCUGAUGACUUCAGGGAUUGCAUGCGGGAGAUCUAUGAGGUAAGGCAGAUCAGCAUGCAACUGGUUGUCUUGUCAGCCACUGUCCCUCCACUGUCCCAACCCACCCUUGUGGAUGCUUUUGGCCUGAUGCAGGACAACAUGAUCGUUAUCCGCACCCCGACCAUCCGUCCCGAGAUUCAGUAUCACCUCAACCCACCUGCCCCCAUGCCUGCAGUUCACAGACAUGUCAAGGCUAUUUUGGAAUCCUAUGUGCACAAGUUUACCGCUCAAGAUCGUGUGCUCAUCUAUGUGCCAUUUCGCACAGAGGGUGAGGCUCUGUCUACAUUAUUGCACUGCGAGUUCUACCAUGGCAAAUUGGACCCUCUGGAAAGGCUCAAGAUGAGGGACCGCUGGCUUGCUGGCACCCAUAAUGUUAUGGUCUGCACUGAGGCCUAUGGUGCAGGAAAUGAUUAUCCGCACGUGCGGCUGGUUAUUCAUGCUGGCUCCCCCAGAUCAAUGACCAACUAUGCCCAGGAAGCUGGACGUGCCGGGCGGGACUGUCAGCGUGCCAUCUGCAUCGUUCUGCCUCAUCAAGGACACCGAGCGCCAUCCUUGGUGGCUGGAAAGAUAGACCACCAGGGACAGCAGGCCAUGUUUGAAUGGCUUGGAAGCAUAAGCUCUCAGAUUUGCCUCCGUCAAGGUAUCAGUCGGUUUACGGAUGGCAGUGGACUCACAUGUCAUGAGUACAAUUGUGCUGGCUCACCGUGUGUUGAGCUAUGCAGCAUCUGCCAGCAGCCUCCACCUUUGCCAGCAGCAGUUUGGCCUCAGCCCUCCCCUCCUGCCCCUAUGCUUGCACCAGCCAAGAGACCUGCACCCCCAGCAGCAAGCCCCUUUGAUUCUGCAGCAGCUGACGUCAAGAAGAGGAGGAUUGAGAACAUUACCAGGAUUGGGGGCAAAACAGAACGCAUCUUCCAAGCCUUGGAGUUCUUUGGCCCAGGCUGUGUGUUAUGCAGGUUCUUCAGCAAACAGGAUAGGCCCAAGCACCAGGCCAUAUAUGACUGUCCGGUCUUUCAAGACCCAUCCAACCACCUCACCACUGUUGCAGCCAAAGCCAUGAAGACAGGACUCAACUAUGACAGAGCCAUCCACGGCUCAGUUUGCUUCAAAUGCCAUGUCCCCCAGCUUAAUGACACCCUGCAUGCCUCCUUCCAGAAAAAGUCCUCAGAUGCAUGCACCCAUCGUGAUGUUAUGCUGCCCCUGGCAUUCUGGAUCAUUAGCCAGCCCCCCUUGAGGCAGCAAGUUUUGAAGGAGCAUGGUGUUGCAGAUACAUCUGUGGAUUCGUUUAAGCACUGGCUGAAGUGCCAAUCCUCCACAGAGUACCCCACCAACCUCACCAAUGUGCUCAUCUGGUACCAUGCCUACUGCCAGCAGCAGCAUGGCUUCAAGAGUAAUGCCUGCAAGUAG